AUGGCACUGAUAAAACAUUCUGUGUACAUUAUCACUGCUAUACAGCUCAAUGCAGUGUAUGAGAAAGUUUGUCGUGUGGAGCGUGGUUGUAGCUGUACCGUAUUUAUAAGUGAACCAAAAUGUUGCUGUGUUGGACAAUCGGUUACCGAAAUACCGGGAAAUUUGACUGAUAAUGUUCGCCGUCUAUUACUCUAUAAUGUGGGCAUCAAUCACAUUCGUAAAAACGCUUUCAGUAGGUACCAACACCUUGAAGAAAUUGUAAUUGAGGAUUCGGAUGCAUUGCAAUCAGUUGAUGCUGAUGCAUUUGGCAAUCUAUAUAAUCUUGGCAAACUGUUAGUUCAGAUGACACCGAGACAUCGAUUAGCCAUGGAAGUGAUCGAUUUCUCCUACAAUCAUAUCGAAUAUUUGGGAGAUGGACAACUUCGAGCUGUUCAUGCUAAUAAGAUUCGUCUCAACAAUAAUGACUUACGUGAAAUUGGAAGUCAUAUAUUUGCUAACUGUCGAUUUUCAUUGCUAGAACUGAACGAUAAUUUAGAACUUAAACGUCUUUCAAUCGAUACCUUUGCUGGCAUAUCAUUUAUCAAACUUCUUGAUCUUUCACGUACCGGUAUUACGGAACUUCCAACAACUGGUCUGUCUCGUUUAGAAGGCCUAAAAUUGAAGGAUACAGAAGAGCUGAAAAAAUUGCCACCAAUUUUAGCAUUUACAUCAUUGAAAAAAGUUGAAUUCACUUACCCAUAUCAUUGCUGCUUGUUUAAGUAUGCCUCUAAAGAAAUCAGUACAGCUGGUGAAAUGUACACGAAAAAUCUGGAAGAGAUUCGAAAUCGCGAAUGUUCCGCCAAAUCAACGCCAAAAUUGAACCGUCAGCGACGACAAUCUGCUCGAAAUGAUCGUUCAAUAUUGCUGCCACAGGAAUCGCGGGAAAAUCCGCUAGAUUUUUCCGACUUGUUGCAGUGGUUUGAUUCUGUCAAUGCUGGUAAUAUUACUAUUGAGAUAGACGACGACUGGGACACAUUAUUGGAGCCUGAAUUUGAGGACGCCGAUGUUGGACUUCUGACGACAUUCAACUGUACGUCGAGCGCUGUCAGUGAUUUCUUUGCUUCCAUCCAAUGCACUCCGAUGCCAAAUGCGCUGAAUCCCUGCGAAGAUGUUAUUGGAUAUGACUUUUUACGUUGGGUAAUAUGGUUCGUAUGGGUUUCGGCCAUUGUUGGUAAUAUAGGGGUAUGGAUUGUGCUAUGUCAAAUGGGACAAAAGAGAAUGCAAGUACAUUAUUUCUUCAUGGCUAAUUUGUCCACUGCAGAUUUGUUAACAGGUGUCUAUCUUGGUGUAUUGGCAAUAGCAGAUUAUAAGACAUCAAAUGAGUAUUAUAACUACGCGGUUGCUUGGCAGACCGGUAUCGGUUGUAAUAUAGCCGGUUUCAUUUCCGUUUUCAGUUCCGAAAUCUCCAUUAUGUCGAUGUUUCUGAUUGCUUUUGAUAUGUGCUAUAAUAUUAGAAAUGCCUUUUACGGAAAACGUUUACGGAUGAGAACUGCGAUAAUGAUGAUGGUCGUGGCAUAUAUUAUAGCGUUUACAAUGGCAGUACUACCAAUUAUAGGUGUAUCCACAUAUACAAGUACCAGUGUAUGUCUACCUCUUUCCAUUGAGGAUAAUUUUGACCGGAUCUAUGUAAUUGCCAGUUUGUUGUUCAAUUUGCUUGCAUUUUUGGGUAUGGCUAUUAGCUAUAGUUUCAUUGUAACAAUGCUUUGUGAUCCGGAACAACCGAAACGAUCAGAAGAUAAAGCGAUCAUUUUGAAAAUGGCAACACUAAUUGGUACAGAAAUGCUUUGCUGGUUUCCAACUCUUUUCUUUGGUCUGACGGCAGCUUUAGGACAUCCUCUAAUUAGUAUCAGUGUGGCGAAGAUAUUUUUAGUACUAUUUUAUCCGAUCAAUGCAUUUACGAAUCCGUUCCUGUACGUAUUCUUUACCAAAAUUACGCAUAUACGACUGUGUCCCGUAUCAUUCCUGAGCAACAAAACAGCAAAUAUCCCCAAUGAACUGAAGUACCAUCAUUACCAUUCAUAUCUGCGAACAUUGAGAAAAACGAAAGAAUCAAAACUAAUGGUCGAGAAACAUGUUCAACGACAGAGUUCAUUGUUGGAUUUGCGAAAGGCUUUCAAAAAUUACGAUGUCUACAGGUCACUACCGACGUCAACAUUCCGGAAAGAAAUGCCAACUCAUUCAAGUACACAGUCUGAGAGACGAUCGCUAAUCUUCACUGGACGACUACGAGUUUCAACAGCACCACGGAUGAGUGAUAUUUCAGAACAUGUUACAUUAGAAAAGAAUAUCACCCCGAAUUCUUUAUCUCAUACAUCGUCAAGUUUUUCACAGCAACAACUGUCAACCGAACAGAAUUAUGUGGUAUCGCCGAAAGAGCUACAGAACCGUCGACCAAGUGUUCGGAGUACCGGUAAAGAUAGUGGCCGUGGUAGCUUAACACCGCCGAUUCCAUCAUAUCGUUUUCAGUGUUUCCCGAAUGAAUCUCCCACUUAGUUCAUCGCAUCACUCAUCAAUAUAUUUGCAUAUCAUACUGUUUUUGGUCAUUUGCAUCUGUUUCUUGAAUUAUUCAUUUCCCGGAAAAAAUCCAUUUUUGGCAGAAAAAAAAAGCCAUAAAUAUCGUUUGAAAAAAG